AUGUCAAUGGCAGGCCGCCCCGGUGAUGGCCCGGUCGGCAAAGGCCAGCCUGGUAAUCCACCUACAGUCGGUGUCUCCGGUAGUGGUCGAAUUCCCCGCCCUAAUCCCGAAGUCACCAGAAUCGAGGACGUAAUAGUAAAGAAUACCCUGUCAACUGCCUUAGCUACCCCCUCUCUCGACCUUGCGCUGCCACGUCGCCCCGCCUAUGGCAAAGUUGGAAAGCCGAUCAUACUGUACGCCAACUACUUCGAGCUGAAGGGUAUCAAGCCUGACACACACUUGUACCGGUACUCGAUUGACUUUGGAGGAGUCACCAUCUCGAGGGAGAAGAAGAAGCAGUUGGUCGAGAUCUUACUGCAGACGCCACCUCUUGCGCAACUCAAAGUUGCGACGGACUGGUCGCAAAAGCUCGUAUGCGCAGAGCAGAUACCUCUAGCUGGGGAGCAUGCCGAAUACACUCUUGUGUGGAGUCCCAAGGCUGGUUUGCUGUACCCGCAAACAGACGAGUCCCGUCAGAGGAACACAUAUCAUGUUCGAGUAACCAAACUCGGAGAAGUUUCAUUAAGUGAGCUCCUGCAAAACCUUUCCCAGCCAGCUCCGACCUAUGCACUGAAACUCGACACCAUCGACGCCUUGAAUACGGUUAUAGCAUACGGGUCCAGCAGCGAAGCCAAUAUAACCACAGCAGCAAGGAGCCGAUUCUACCCGUUCAAUGACCACCCUCAAGUACAAGUGGCAGAUCUAGGUCACGCGCUACAAGCCCUUCGUGGAUACUUUGCCAGUGUGCGCACGAGUGUCAAUCGAGUCAUGGUCAACGUGAACGUCGCAGCCGGUGCCUUUCACAAGCCUGAGAAUCUGCUCUUGAUGAUGAAAGAGCUCGUUGGACGUCCUCUCCUAGACGAUCGAUGGGAUGAUGAGCGGGAGCACAAGAAACUGAAUACGCUCUAUUACCAUGUGAAGAUCGAAACACACUACCUUCGGAUGAAGAGCACCGACAUCAAGAAGAAGGAAGAGACACGCUGUCAAGUUCACAGCAUCGUCAAUUUCUCCCCUUCUGGAAAGAACAGUACCAAUGUCAGAUUCAGGAAGCAUGAUGCCGAGGGAAAAGUGAUUACUCUCACGGUUGAAGAGCAUUUCAGGCAAGCGCACAACAUCAGGCUCUCUCAUCCCCAGGCACCAUUGGUCAACUAUGGAAAACCCGAAAAACCAAUGUGGAUGCCGGCCGAGUUGUGUAAGAUCUUGCCUGGGCAGUUGGUCAGACAACUUCUUCUUCCUUCUCAGACAAGCGAAAUGAUCAAAUUCGCCUCGCGCAGGCCGGAUAAGAACAUGAGAUCAAUCACUAGCGACGGGCUGAAAGUCACGAAGAUCGAACCGAUUGUCAACGGACAGAACGUCAACUUGGAGGCAUUUGGCAUCAAAGUUGACCCAGACAUGGUCACGGUCCAUGGACGCAUUCUACCCCCGCCAAUCGUACAGUAUAGAGCCCAGAGCUGUACACCAAACAACGGUGCUUGGAAUCUGGAUCCCAAGAAGCUCGGUUCAAGGCCAUUUUAUAUUGCGAAGACUCUCGGUCCUUGGCGCAUUCUUGUGAUCAACUCUGGAAGCCGGCCCACAAUUCCUGGUGGCAUUGAUGGACUGAAGCACGCCCUGGAGCAGUUUAAGAAGGCACUAAUACAGUAUGGCAUGCAGCCUGGAGAACACAACAGGCCGUGUAUGGUCGACAUCAAGCCGGAGCAGUUGGCGAAGAAGAAUAUAGACGAGAUUCAAGAGCAGAUCAGGUCGUCCCUCGUAAAAUCGUUCAAGGAAAAGCCACGAUUCCUGUUCGCAUUAUUGCCCAGCGAUAACACGGUGCUGUACGACUCGAUCAAGCUACUGUUCGACUGUAAGCUUGGUUUGCCCAGUGUGUGCUGCAUUGGCAGCAAGUUUGCAAAGCUAGAUCCUCACUACUUUGCCAAUGUUGCCAUGAAGUUCAACCAGAAGCUGGGCGGUGUCAAUCACACAGUACCACUGGCAAAGCUGGCACCGUUGGAUGCGCAGACGAUCAUAUUCGGUAUAGACGUCACCCAUCCUUCGCCGGGAAGCUCGCAAACAGCACCUAGCAUUGCUGGUGUUGUUGCGUCUGUUGAUGCAAAGUUCUCGCAGUACGCCGCCAGUAUGCGCACCCAAGCACGUCGUGUAGAGAUGGUGGCGGAGCUCGAGGAGAUGAUUGUCGAACGACUGGAACUUUGGAAGAAACGAAACCAGAACAGGUUGCCAAACAAAGUCAUUGUCUAUCGCGACGGCGUUUCUGAGGGCGAUUACGGCAACGUGCUCAACAAGGAGUGCGAGUCUUUUGAGGCAGCAUUUGACAAGCUCUACGGCAAAGAGAAGCACCCGAAGUUGUCAUUCAUCAUCGUUGGCAAGAGGCACCACACACGUUUCUACCCCACACAGCCUGGCGACGCAGAUGUUCGGACUGGCAACCCGAAGGCCGGCACGAUUGUGGACCGUGGCGUGACUGGAGAGAAGCUGUUCGACUUCUUCUUGAUAGCGCACCAGGGUCUUCAGGGAACGUCGAGACCUGCACACUACGUGGUGCUCAGGGACGAGAACAAGUUUGGGGCGGAUCAACUGCAGACGCUGACGCACAAUCUCUGCUUCACGUUUGCCCGGGCGACGCGGUCUGUGAGCCUGUGUCCGCCGGCUUACUACGCCGAUCUGCUCUGCGAGCGCGGCCGUGCGUAUCUCCACAGUGUGCUAAAAGGCGAGGGAGCGGAGGUCGGUGUGGGUUCUUGGCAGAGGGACGUUAAUCCGGGGCUAAUGGAGACGAUGUACUAUUUGUGA